UUUUUUUUAUUAGUAUUUGGGAGGUACUGUUAAUUUGAUUUUUAUAUAUAUAUAAUUCUAAAGAAUUGAAUAUAUAUAUAUAUAUACGCCAUGGACCAUUCAUUAAAGUUAGAGAUUCCGUUUCCAAAUGAACGUCUGGCCAUUAUAGCCAAGCGUGUACUGAGUGUAGAUAAAGAGCUCAAGACAGACCAGGUCAAGCGUACGGUUGACACUGCCGGAAAUACAUUGACAGUAUCCUUUGAGUGUACCUCCACUAAAAUGCUGCGUGUGGCAGUAAAUUCUUUCCUGGAAAUGUUAACCAUGGUGACCAAGACGAUGGAUCAAUUCGACACAGUCUGAGGGUGGAGAGAUAGAGUGUGUGUAUGUGUGUGAGAGAAAAGGACGAAGAAGAAAGGAUUAUGAUAUGAUGAUGAUAAUUAUUGAUUGAUUAUUUUAAAAUCAAAUAAAUAAAUGGAGUUUGGCUUUUGGUAGCAAU